AUGUUAUCCACCAUUCUUUUCUGCUUUUUGAUUGAAUCAGCUUUUGGCUGGGAGAUCAAGGUUGAUCCAGAUUUUGGUGAUAAGUCAAUCUACAAUCGAAAGGCUGGAGACUCUCUGGCAGUUUUGUGCUCAGUAGAAGGCAUUCCAGAAGAUGGUGGAGCUCCAGGAAUAUUCUGGACUAAAAGCCCUGGAUCAAUCUCACGGACAGGCAAUGUGCAGAUCAAGAAGAUAGACAAAUUUGCAUUGAGUUUGGUUAUUCCGAACAGUUCAGUAGAAGAUAGUGGUAUCUACACAUGCACAGUCACUUACCAUGGAGAGCGUAAAGACGCCAGAGCUGAGUUGAACUUUUUUGGUGAGUUCUGAUGAAUUUUACAUAGGUAACCUUUUAUAAGGCUUUUUAUUAACUUUAAAAAGUCAUUUUUUAUUUUUAAAAUUUUUACUGAAUGUCGUAAUAAUACGUUUUAAUAAUUUUUAAUGUUUAAAAAACGUGAAAUUAUAGCUGAAAUCAAAUUGGUCGAUGCUCAGACAGACUUUUUCGACCCACAAGAAGGAUCUAAAGUUGUUCUGUCAUGUGAGGUAAUCUCAAAUGAUAAAGGGCUGCUUACAAUGUGGGAAAAAGAUAUCACGGCUCUAACACAAUGUAAGUAUUACAUACAUAAGAAAUCAAUUUACAAUAGGUGUAGGUUUUUGUUAUAAGUGACAGUAAAAGAUAACGUUUGUUGCCUAUAACAAGCGUUUCUUUUGUCUGGUAUUUUAAGGAGCUAGGUACCUUGCCUAUUACAAGCUUGUCUAUGAGUUUUAAAGUGUUUAUUACAGACUCCGAAAGAGGCUACAAGUUCUCACGCAACGAUCAGAUCUUGGAGAUCAAGUCCUACAUGGAAAGUGAUGCAGGUAAUUACAACUGUAAGGUUCUAGAUCGCCGAACGGGCUCUAUGGUACUGAGGAAGUUCAGAGUUGGCAACAUAUUUGAAGAACAACAACAGUUCUGCUCCAAUAUGUGCCGCGCCUUCUGCUCGUCGUUCUACACGCCUACACACUAA